CAGUGGCGGCCCGUGCUGUCUCACCGGAACGCAGUUAAUCUCAGCAGCUACGCAGUGGGAGCGCACGCUUCUUGGCCUUCCUUGAAUGAAUGAAUGCUUCAUGUGAUCCACGAGGUUGUUCUGUUCCUUUCUGAACUCCUCUUAAAAGUUUUUUCCCGGCUUCGUGUAUUUCGUAAGAGGAAAUAUCCAAGUUACAAAAUUCUUUCGGAUUCUCUCAUGGAUGAGUAUGAAAAGCAUUCGCCCACGGAUGCUUGAUGGUUGAGAAUCAUAACACUAAUGGAUUCAGUUGAGUGAAGUUAUUGGCUAGAGUUCGAUUCGUAAAUAAUGCAGACCCCCUGUUUCACUGUGUUGUUUGUAGUCUGAUAGCGCCGCUAGCACAUAUUUCUGUCUCUUCGCUACUUCUUUACACAUUUGCUAGACAAAAUAAUAUUCAUUGUAUAAGUGUAUUAGUAUCAAUUAAUAUAAAUUUAUCUUCCUUUCAAAUCGGUGUACUAGAAUCUUAAAUUUUUAUCAAAAUUGUUUACAGUGUAGUGUGAGAAAUAUCGAAUAUAAACAAUAAUUAAAUUACUGUAAGGAACUUGUUUAACUCCUGUAUACAAACUAUCCAGAACUUGCUAAAUGUUAGACGUUUAUUUCAGUUAAAAGGCAAACUGGUGAAGAUGUUUUGCCAAUGAUUAGCAAGAAGACAUUUCACCAUGAACCUGAGCAUCAACUGUCAUGGAGAAGUUAUGAAAAAAAUUCAUUAUUUAUUCAAGUAAACAAGUAAAACUAAAUGUAUAUUUUUUACCUUAGAACAGUUAAAUUAGUUUCGCACUCUGAACUCGUUUGUGAAGUAAUUUCUUGAAAUUAAAGCUGCUCAUUUUCGGUAUUUUCUACUUUGGAUUCAUCACAUUUUACUUACUUUUUUAUCGCGAAUAAAUUUGAGGAAAAUUUCCAAGCAAAUUUAUUUUUAUAGUUGCUUGAUAUUUUUGUGAAUUACUUUAACUAAGAAUUAACUUUAAAAUUGAGAUACUACUCAAAACGGCAUUACGUGUGUUUAUCGGAAGCUAAAAACAUUUUUAUAGCCUGUAUUUCACGCUCAGAAAGAAAGAAAUCCUAUAUUAAUUCUGUAAAAUGUAUGAAAUGCGGCUUAUUAAGGAAGCAGGAAUUUUUUAUUUCUGAGAAACUGAUUUCCGUUUCUAGCUAAAUACUUCUCAAGGAAUAUAUAUAAGUGGUAUCUAACUUUCGAGAAAUACUAGAGCAGUAAAGGAAAAUGGGAAGAGAUAUAUGGAUGAGCCCUUCUCCCUAUCAGGCUGCAUCUGCAACUUCCUGCCUCUACCAUCAACCUCAUCACCCAAGACAUCGUAAAAGAGUCUCAGUGGAAACUCGACGGACCCCAAACUCUUCUAAAGCCAAAUCAAAUAGGCGCUGCACCCCGUGGUGCUCGUCGUUUAUGUGGUAUCAAAUGUCCACCCUGUCGUCCUCUUUUCGAUGUAGCUCUUUGGUGACAAUCACUGUGGAUGUUUUAAUGUAUGCGCUUGUUAUAGCAGCAUGUGUAGCAUGCUACGCAAACUCUUUAGAAGGAGAAUUUGUUCACGAUGACAUGGUAUCUAUUACCACGAACCCAGACGUUAUAGGAAAAAAUCCGGUGAAAGAAAUGUUCUUCAAUGAUUUCUGGGGGAAACCCAUGACUGAUCCGACUAGUCAUAAAUCCUAUCGCCCCCUGACUGUGCUUACCUUUCGGUUGAACCAUGUGUUUUGCGGAUUAUCGGCUUGGAGUUAUCAUUUCGUGAAUGUAAGCCUCCAUAUAUGUGUUUCGGUUAUGGUCACUUUCCUCUGCUUCGAAGUACUGAGAUGGUCACGAGAAGAUUCAACUACAGCAGCACUGCUUUUUGCAACUCACCCAAUUCACACAGAAGCGGUUUCCAGUGCAGUUGGCCGGGCGGAAGUUCUGUCUGCAUUUUUCUUCCUUUCGUCUCUGCUCGCUUUUGUAAAAAGUACCAAAACAGGAGAACAGAAUGAAAAAUGGAUGUUGUGGCUUCUCUUGAGCAUGACGUUUUCUGCUUUUGCUCUUUUGGCUAAAGAGCAAGGAAUCACCGUCCUAACAGUUUGCAUUGCUUUGAGAGUACAUCAGUUGAUUGGAAAUACAAGAUGGGAAACGCCAAAGAUUUUGCUUAAGAAAGGCAUAUUUUUAUUAACAGAUGCUAUUUUAUGGAUAACAAUAUUGAUGUUAGUGAUGUUAGUGGCCUUUCGCCUUUGGAUGCUUCAAGGAUCGAUGCCACGCUUUUCAGAAGAAGACAAUCCAGCUUCCUUUUGCCCGUCUUUGCUCACGAGAUUUUAUACAUACUCCUACCUUGCUGCUUUCAACUUCUGGAUGCUCCUUAAUCCCAGUACACUGUCCUAUGACUGGCAGAUGGGUAGCAUACCCCUCGUCACUUCAGUGUUUGAUAUCCGUAAUGUGGCAUCUGUACUCCUCUUCUUGUUCUUGGGUGUCUCGGCUCUUCAACUCUUACUGUCUCCUCCUCCCAAGAAAUCUGAGAGCAAAUCAAUGUUGCUGUACUUGUGCGUUCUUGUCUUGCCGUUCCUACCUGCAUCAAACGUGUUUGUUACAGUUGGAUUUGUAGUUGCAGAAAGAGUACUCUAUAUACCGAGCAUUGGAUUUUGUGUUCUUGUGACAUCUGGCUUAAAGAAGCUACGAAAACAUCACAAUCGUAUCUAUUGGGCUUGUAAGAGUUUCAUUGUUAUCCUCAUUUUCCUCUUCAUAGCUAGAACUGCAGUAAGGAAUCAAGACUGGAAAAAUAGAGAAACAUUGUUCACGUCGGGGUUGACCAGCGUACCACAUAAUGCCAAAGUCCAUUAUAACUUCGCUAAUCUUCAAAAAGACUUGGGAAAUGUCGAUACAGCAGUGGAACAUUACCGAAUGGCUCUCAGUUUAUGGCCGAAUCACGCUAGCGCACACAACAAUUUAGGAACACUGUUAACUGAUGUUAAAGAAGCCGAGAACCAUUUUAAACAAGCUCUUCUCAUAAAUUCUCAUCAUCCUAGAGCUCUAUUCAAUCUUGCAUCAUUAUACAGCAAACAAGGACGAGUCCAAGUAGCUCAAGAACUUCUUCAAAGAGCUGUAGAGCUAGAUAAGGAGUUUAUAGAAGCUUAUUCUUCUCUGGCUAAUAUUCAUGCAGAAAGGGGAAGACUGGAAGAAGCGGAAACCCUUCAUCUUAAAGCUCUAUCUAUGGACCCAAAUAAUGCUGAUUCAUAUAACAACUACGGAACUUUUCUACAAAAGUCAGGAAGAGCCGAAGAAGCUGUUCAACAAUACCGUCAAGCCAUGCGUCUGCAGCCAAACCACACCGUUGCUAUUGUUAACGCAGCAAGGAGCUUACGAUCGCUAAAAAACAACAGAGAGGCUGAGCAGUUAUAUAAGAGAGCUCUAUCCAUUAAUCCGGAACCGAAAAUAAUGGAUAAUUUAGGCGUCCUAUACAUAAGUGCUGGAAGAAUUGGGGAAGCAAACAAGUUAUACAAGGAAAUGCAUGAAAAGUAUGGAAACUACUUGGAAGGGAAGAUUCACUUCGCUCAAGUUUUAAUGCAGGAAAGAAGCUUUCAACAAGCUGAACAACUUCUUCAAUCGGUUGUGCAGGAGAACUCCACACACAGAGACGCUCUGCACCAGUUGUCAUUGUUAUACAGCCAAGUCAAUCGAACAACGGAG